GCUGAUUCUCGGCUCACGCGGGAGGGGAGUAAAGGGUGGCGUUCCGGGGCUGGAGUUCGGUGGGUGCAGCCUGCUUGCGAGCUGAGGCCAGUCAGUGGGGUACCUGCGGACGGGAAUCAGUGGUUGGAAUGUUCCCCAGCAGGAAGGAGGAGGUUGGGCUAACUUGCUUCUCUCUUCUCGCUUCACCUGAGGUGGCACACACCUUCAUUAUGGAUGUGUUUCUUAGAGAAGAUACAGCAAAGCAGUAGUCCUGUAGGAGCAAAAAAAAGAAAGGUUGAUUACAAACAGGACCAUAUUUUGCUUCGAAAUGGAACCAGCAGUUAGCGAGCCAAUGAGAGACCAAGUCGCACGGACUCAUUUGACAGAGGACACUCCCAAAGCGAGUGCUGACAUAGAAAAGGUUAACCAGAAUCAGGUCAAGAAAUGCACAGUGAUCGGGGGCUCUGGAUUCCUGGGGCAGCACAUGGUGGAGCAGUUGCUGGCAAGAGGAUAUGCUGUCAAUGUAUUUGAUAUCCAGCAAGGGUUUGAUAAUCCCCAGGUGCAAUUCUUUCUGGGUGACCUCUGCAGCCGGCAGGAUCUGUACCCAGCUCUGAAAGGUGUAAACACAGUUUUCCACUGUGCAUCACCCCCAGCAUCCAGUAACAACAAGGAACUCUUUUAUAGAGUGAAUUACUUUGGCACCAAGAAUGUCAUUGAAACUUGCAAAGAGGCUGGGGUUCAGAAACUCAUUUUAACCAGCAGUGCCAGUGUCAUCUUUGAGGGCGUCGAUAUCAAGAAUGGAACUGAAGACCUUCCCUAUGCCAUGAAACCCAUUGACUACUACACAGAGACUAAGAUCUUACAGGAGAAGGCAGUCCUGGGCGCCAACGAUCCUGAGAAGAAUUUCUUAACCACAGCCAUCCGCCCUCAUGGCAUUUUCGGCCCAAGGGACCCACAGUUGGUACCCACCCUAAUCGAGACAGCCAGAAACGGCAAGAUGAAGUUCGUGAUUGGAAAUGGGAAGAACUUGGUGGACUUCACCUUUGUGGAGAACGUGGUCCAUGGACAUAUCCUGGCUGCAGAGCAACUCUCCCGAGACUUGACACUGGGUGGGAAGGCAUUUCACAUCACCAAUGAUGAGCCCAUCCCUUUCUGGACAUUCCUGUCUCACAUCCUGACAGGCCUCAAUUAUGAGGCCCCCAAGUAUCACAUCCCGUACUGGGUGGCCUACUACCUGGCCCUCCUGCUGUCCCUGCUGGUGAUGGUGGUCAGUCCUGUCAUCCAACUGCAGCCCACCUUCACACCCAUGCGGGUCGCACUGGCUGGCACAUUCCACUACUACAGCUGCGAGAGGGCCAAAAAGGCCAUGGGCUACCAGCCACUAGUGACCAUGGAUGAUGCUGUGGAGAGGACCGUGCAGAGCUUUCGCCACCUGCGGAGGGUCAAGUGAGGGACGCUGGAGGCUGGGCUCUCUCGACACAUUCCCCAGCCAGUCACUCCUUCCCCUGUGGAGUGAAGAAAUAACAUCCUUCGAAUGAGUUUGCUCUGAGCCUGUGACUCCUCCUGCUAGGCAGAGAGCGCACCCUGCUACUUCCAUGACAACGAAGGCAGUAAAAACAGAUAUUUCUUCCUUCAUGGAAUUGGAUUUGGAUUUCUUGAAGCAGGCAGCUUCAUAUUCUACUGAUUUGUUCUCUGUC